CUGUGCUGUUGACAGUUAGCAGUCCCCCCUUUCCACUCCACCAUAAUUUUCAUUCAGUUUAAAAUUGCAUUUCUCGUGUGUGGUUGUACUGUGUUAUAGUUUUACAAUAACCAUAAUCUUACAGGAAUAACCGACAUUUAAUUCAUUUACCUUGUACUUUUACCGAAGCAAUCAUGUUGGACGUACUAGCCGAUGUGCUGCAGCCUUACAAGGAGGUGGUGGGUAACACCGCCGCUAUUGUCACCGUGGGCCAGAUGUUCUCCGGCUCCUUCAUCUGCUGGGACAUCUACAAGCAGGGAGGCACCAGGGGUAUCGGCAUCAUGCCCUUCCUUGGUGGUAUUAUUAUGAGCGUUCUCAACUUGAAAUUCGGCUACAUUCUCCGCGACGAUAAGAUGAUCCAAGUAAACUUGGUCGGUUUGGCCCUUAACAUUAUCUACACUAUGAUAUACUUCAACUACACACAUGAGAAGAUGAAGGUUUGGGCACAGAUCGGCCUCUCGGGAGCAUUCUCUGCCGCUCUUAUUGGUUAUGCUCAAAUGGAGGACCCGAAGCUGGUUGAGAACAGAUUUGGAACUAUCAUCACCGCUUUCAUGUUCUAUUUGAUCGCUUCACCGCUGUUUGGACUGAAAGAAAUAAUCAAGAACAAGAGCACUGAGGGAAUGCCGUUCCCCAUCAUCCUGUCAGGAUCCGUCGUGACCUUCAUGUGGCUGCUGUACGGCAUCAUACUCAGGAAUAAGUUCCUUGUUGUACAAAAUCUUGUAGCAGUAGUUCUGUGCGGAUCGCAACUGGCUCUCUUCGUGAUCUAUCCUUCGAAACCGAAGGGCAAGGAAAGGAAGCCCAAAGCUAAGAAAGCCGACUAAAUCAAAUAGGUAGGACAAAACACAAUGUUGCCUCGGUAGGAAGUAGGUAGUCUCAUUUUUCUUACCUUUCUUGAGAGAGACUGCGCCGUAGCUCAAUUAAUUUUUAAUAUAUAUUAAAUAUUUAUAUUUUAUACAUGACGUAUAAAUUGCAUUUUUAAUAAAUAGCAGACAAUAGGUGAGAUAAAUUAGACUUGUAUUGUAAUUAGCGAAAAAUCUGGAUGAAUUGUAUGGGUAAAAAGUUUUUAUAUGGCUUCUGUGAAAGCCUAUGAUAUUUUCUUCCGUUAUUUUACGCGUUUGAUAGAUUUUUAUACUUACUGUUAUUCAUUGAAAUGAUUAAAAAAAAAAUCUAUUUCGAAUUUCUCUUUAAACUUCCUUUUAAAAAAUCCGUUUUCAGAUCAUGUUAGAUUUAUUUGUAAAUGACAUUCCGUUUUGUGGGAUAGUUAUAGAAAAAUCAUAAUGAAAUCCCGGCGUGUUAAAGUAAUCAUAGUAACCAGUAACCUAUCUAUGAUACCUAUCUAUUUUAUAAACCUUAAUAUAUGUACAAAGUGUGAUAUUGUAUAAUCAUAGCGUGUUUUGAUCAAACUUAUAAUACUAUAUUGAUAUCUAAAUCAUAAAUCAUUCUGAUUUGUACCAUUGUUAUGGUUUAUCUAAGUUUUCAAUGGUAGCCAUGGAAAGAUCACCACUAACCACCCAGUUUCCAUUCACAGUGAAUGGUAAACAAUAUGCAUAUAUGGCUUAUACCAUGUCUUUUAAUGAUACGGAAUAAUUUAGGUUUAGAUAUCAACAUAGCCUGUUGUGUUGUAAGCACUGAGCGCCUGGUUAGACUAGGAGCGAACCUCAACGAAGUUGGGACCUUAUACUGAACAAGGCAACGUUUAAAACCGAUCCACAUCAAACUGUGGUUUAAACUCGGUUUUACUGGUGUUCGAAUCGGAUUUAAAAGUACCUAUAAAUUAAUGCCACAAUUAUCCGAAGUAAAAUGACGGAUAAGCUGUAAAAAGUACACUAAAAUCAAGUUGAUAUAAUUCAGUUGUUUUUAAUCUAAGGUUAAAGUGUGUAACGUCUUUUUAUUCAUAUUGUAAAUGCUCAAUAUCAAUCAAGUAUUAAUUUUCUGAGUCACAUUUUGUAGAAUUAGUAAUAUCUAUAUUCACUUGGUCUCACGGACUUAUGUCAAGAAGCUUAGAGGUAUACUGGACGUUGCGCUUGAAACUAAAAGUCGCUUUGAUAAAACUCAGAAACAUUCACUGCAAUUUUUAAAUAGGAGGAUAUAUAUCCCUUUUACAACACCAAAAAUCACAUCCAUUAAUUACACACUUGGUUCUUGAAGUCCUUGUUAUAUUAACUCCAUAUUUGUAAGCUUCUUGACCAAUACCAUUUACCUCGUUUGCUGUAAAUAUUUAUAUGUAACAAAUUUUCUUUGUGACAAUACGUAUAUCAGUUAUCAGUGUUGCCGUAUUUUUAAUAUAAUCCUCAUGUUGUGAUAUCAAACCUGUGAGAUUGUAAAAUGAAAUGAAAUAAACUUUUUAUUAUAA